AUGGGGAAGCUCAAUCAGAUAUCCAAUUCCAACAAUCCAAUACUUGGCGGAACUGAGCUCCAGAGCAUUGAAUAUCUUCUAGCUGAAUUCAAGCCUCAAAAACAAUACUCGUCCGAAGUCGAACCCCGAUUGAGCUUUGAACCUGAGGCUUUCAAGUCGACUCGAUCCCGGGCUCGCCAAUGUUUGGACAGGCUCGACUACGAUCCACAAGCAGUAUGCAGUAGCGGGUUCGUGCAAAUCAGAGAGCCCAAUUUUCCAUCGACCAAACUCAUCAUCAUCCUCUACCAGUACCAGCCCAACUCCCCAGUCCUUACUCAGCCCAUUGCUCUUCUGAGCAGUAUAUCGAGCCCAAGACAAAAGCCAGAACCACAGCUUGCCACGUGGCGGGACAAGGUCCAGGAGGCAAUCAUGGGACCCACCCUCCCUCCACCACACUGGUUCUCCCCAGCCAAUGGAACCAACCCAAAAUUCUUAUUUCCCCGGCCUUUUACCUAUCCCACCUUAUCCAAUAUCCAGCAUCCACCACAGCCCAUGGCCUCAGCUCCCCUCCCACCGACCACCACGGCGGCCGCUGCCCACCACCCUCCUUACAAGCUACCCUUCCAUCACCAGAACCUCCCAUUCCUCAGGUCUCCCUCACGAGCAGCCCGGUCACCCACUAAGCUCCACGUAUCCUCCACGCCGAACCCGCCUGUGACAUCCACCUCGGCCUCCUCAUCCUCGGUGGCCACUUCCAAGCCGAAGGAGGAGACGAUCUUCUUCGAUGGCGGGGCGCACUACGGUGACCUCGUGGCGAACCUCCUGCUGGGGUUCACCCUCCUGUGGCUCCCCCUCACGCUGGCCGCGGUCUCGAGGGCCUUCUUCCUGCGUUACCGGUUCACGAACUUGCGGGUGACCGUGAUAUCGGGGCUGACGGGGCAGGACCGGAGCGACUUCUCGUACAAAGUGAUCAAGGACGUGCAGGUGGUCCCGCGGUUCAUUGGGGAAUGGGGCGACGUGAUCAUCACCCUUCGGGACGGGACCAAGGUCGAUCUCCGGAGCGUGCCCCGGUUCCGGGAGCUCGCCAAGUACUGCCUCGCCAUGGCCGAGAAGCCCGUCGUGCUCAAGGAGAAGGGCCCGAAGGGCUUCUAGUCUAGUCGUUGUACUGAUGAGGUACUUUCGGCCGACGUUAUGGUGCUGGGAUUGGAUUUUAUAUGGUUCCUUCGAGAUGUGUAAUUAAUUAAUCAUUCGCUAAUACACGGGAAAUUUUGUAUUUGUGUUUGAUUUGUAUUGAUGUCAACCUUAUCCGACGACCAAUGUUAUCUCGGAAGAAGCAUCUUCCUCAUUUCAUGAUUU